UUUUAAUCUGCUGUAUUCAUUUUGUGCUAAUCUUGUCUUUCUUGUAUUUCCCUCCAAGGUUUUUACGAGUCGUGGAAGAUGGGGUACUUCUCAUCCAGUGUGGUUUUACUUGUGGCCAUUUCCAAUGCGUUCGAAUUUGGACUCGUUGCUGGGAUGGGCCGCCGUGAGCUGGCUAUUCCAUCUCCGAGAGACCUUGCCAUCAGAGAUAACAGCAUUUGGGACCAGAAAGAACCUGCGGCACGCGAUCGGUCUUUCCAGUUUGUGCCUUCCGUGGGGAUACAGAACAGCAAGUUGCUUAAUAAAACUUGCUGUCUGAAUGGAGGGACCUGCAUCCUGGGGUCCUUCUGUGCCUGUCCUCCGUCCUUCUACGGACGCAACUGUGAACUUGACGUACGCAAAGAGCACUGUGGGUCUAUCCUCCAUGGCAGCUGGCUGCCCAAGAAGUGUUCCCUGUGCAGAUGCUGGCACGGCCAGCUCCACUGUUUUCCUCAGACCUUUCUACCUGGCUGCGAUGGUCAUGUGAUGGACCAAGAUCUCCAAGCAUCCAGGACUCCGCGGCAAGCACCGUCUGUGUCAACCACUUUAAUGCUAGCUGGCGUCUGCCUACUUCUAGAAAUGAAAGUAUAGGUGUUGUGAAUUUGAUGCCAGUGUCAUAGCAGGAGAUGUUGCUCACAGUGAAUCCCUAACAUUACUCCUCCAAACAUUUAGCUAGGCCUUAGCUCUGCGCGGCCCCUCCUCUUUCUACAUGUGCUAGCUGUAAAAGCCAUGGCCUGUGUGCCAAGUGCUGUAACACCAAAUUACAUCCCUAGCCUAAAAGCUACUCUAAAUAUGUGCUGUCUACCACAUCCUGUGUUUCGUAAUAAAAGUAACUCUUACUUCCAAAUACUUUUAAACAGUUAUGAAGAUUAUUAAAUCCUAAUGUGUAACUGGAAGUAAAUCCAGAGUAGGUGAAAACAGCUAAGAAAUUAUCUAUAGGCAGGGAGGUGGUGGUGCUUACCUUAAAUAUGGCAGAGGCAGGUGUAUGUCUGAGUUCCAAGACAGUCAGGCCUUACACAGAGAAACUGUCUCAGGAAAACAAUUAUCUUAAAAGAAAAUUAAUGGGCCAGGCACUCAGCACUCAGGAGGUAGGGGUAGGUGGAUCUCUUAGUUCAAGGCCAGCCUGGUCUAUGUAGUGAACCCGUUUCAAAAAGGAAAAUGGAUCUUACAAGGGAGUUGUAGGGAGGGUCUGUGCAGAGGGAGCAGCAGAUGGGGAAACCGCUAAGACUAGGAAAAACAGAGUGGAUUAUUGAUUGACUGUAUGCUUGCCAGGAGUUUUUUAUUUUUUUUUAUUUUUUAUUUUUUUUGGUUUGGUAUUUUUGGAUUUGGUUUUUCUCAAGACAGGGUUUCUCUGUGUAGCCCUGGCUGUCCUGAAACUCACUCUGUAGACCAGGCUGGCCUCAAACUCAGAAAUCCGCCUGCCUCUGCCUCCCAGAGUGCUGGGAUUACAGGAGUGUGUCACCACCCAGCACGAGGAGAAUUUAAAAGCUAAGUCCUUCAGCCAAGGACGGUGGUGCACACUAAGGUCAGCACCCAAGAGGCUACAGCAGGAGGAUUACUAAGAGUUCAUGUAACUUGGGCUGGCUAUAUACUGAAUACCAGGUUAACAAAGACUAGCAAGACUCUCACAGAAAACCCAAACAUCUAAGUCUCUUCUGCAAAAUUAUGAAGGCUUUCUCCAAGCCAUACAAUUAUAUCAACUGUUGUGGAGGAAAGAAAAUGUUUAUUAUUGUAUUAGUAAUAGUUACAAAUUAGAUUAUAGAACUACAUAUUGUCAAGUCAGUGUUUAUAAUAUGUUGAUCAUGCAUAUGCACAGUAA